GAAAACUCCCGCGGCAUCAUCUCAGAAUGAAGUGUCCUGAAUGCAAUCAAGAGUCUUCAGAAAAUGCUAAAUUCUGCAGUGAAUGUGGCAACAAGCUGUCAUCUCUGUCAAAUCAGACAGCACCAAACAAUUCACAAGAUGAGUUUCAAUCACCCUUAAACAUUCCACACGACACUGAUAAAGAAAAGACUUUAAAAAGAAAUCUCAAAAGAGAUUUCAGGCCUGAAUCAGAAGUGCUGGAUGACCAGAAUGCCAGUAUAUCUACAACACGACCAAAUGAAGAUAUCAUCAACUCUAACUCAAAGAAAAAGAAGAAUCACGGUUCCAGUGUAGACUCACUGGUGAAGGCCGAGCACAGGCAGGCGCAGCAAACUGCACAUGGGAAGAAAAAUUUUGCUGCUGACCAGAAAUGCAACGAAAGCAAGAAUAACGAAAGUCAGAGCGUUGCACCUCCAAAAAGAAAUCCAGCAGCAAAACAACAAACAAGUUCCAGUGACAAAAUCACCAUUUACUUUCAUGCAGUCCUUUCAAAAGACUUCAACUUCAACCUAGAAAAUGAUUUUAUCUGCAUAAGGGCCGGUGGUCACAUUGAUAACUGGGAAAAUGAUUUGGUUCAACUGUCUGUGUCACGGGAUCUCGGAGAGCAUGGAUUUCUUGUUGAAGGGAAAUUUGUAUGCAAACAGACUGAAGCUAAAGAUGUGUACAUCCCCUACAAGUAUGUUGUGCAUAAAGCUAAAAAGAAGAAUAACUAUGAAUUACAUUAUGAAUACAUCUACAAACUGGAUUCAAAAGAAACCACCAACAGAUGUCUAUUUGUCAAAUCACAUCUCCUGAAUGAUGAAGGAGAGUGGCAUCAGUAUGAUGAUAUCAUCUGUUCUGAACCAUCUAAAAAUAUACUUAAUAGGGUGAUGGAAUGGUGGUCGGAGCAGAAGGGAAAAAUAAUCGAGGGAAGAGAAAUUGCUGGUUCAGUCAUGCUGGAAACUAUCUUUGACCUCCUGAGAAGCUGGAGCAAAACUAACCUCAAAAACUUUGUUUGCCAGCUGCAACAGUUUUAUGAAGUCUAUAGCAACCCUUUUGUAUUUGAAAAGAAAAAGACAAAUUGGGGCUCACUAGAUUAUGGUGAAAAAGAUGUGAGACAGCUUCUGAAGGGGUUCAUGCUGAAGUGGGUGACUCCAGACCUACAGAAAGGCAACCAAGAAAAGAGUGCACUCAUCAAGGAGCCACUGAAUGCUGCUCUCAUUAUGCUUUACGUGUGGAGAUGGUAUAGUCUAGAUUUAGAUGGCGGAACUCUUUCUCGUCUCUGCACUGCCCUCUGCCUGCCAGAAUUACCUGAGGAGGGGUUCCGGUCUUUCUGGACUGAUACAACAGAAUCAUUUUCACUAAUAAACACCUUGUCUGACAUGGCGGAGGCGCUGAUCAACAGGGUGAGAGAAGAGAACGCGUCCAAUUGGAUCAUCGUCAUUCCACUGUUACACCUUCUCAAAGGCACUUCAAAACCAUUUCAGCCCGUAUUUGAUCAAAUCACACAAUCAGAGCAGAGCUGGGCUGGCCUGCAGGGACUGAAAUCAGCACAUGUACAAGAUCGAAGGUUGAUGCUGAAUCUCAUGAAGACACAUAGACAUUUGGUGGAGAUAGACAGACUGCUGGCUCGGUCUUGGAUGUAUCUGAUGACUGUAGAUGAGUUGGUUAAAUGCAGCUCCUACAUCCAAGCAGAGCUCCUGGACAUCCUGCUGAUUUUCACCAUGAAAUGCCCCAAAGAAAUAUCAAACAGCGCUUCAACAAGCAUUUUGAAGAUUAUGGAACACAUUCAGAGUAACUUGAUCGAACAAAGAUACAGGUGUCUGAAUGAGGAUUAUGGCAUUCAGUGCAUACAAGCAGCUUACAAACUUCUAGAGAAGAUCUGCAAAAAAGACAGGAAAACUGAUAUUCCUGUUGCUUGCAUGAACCUUGUGGCCUCUGUAUCAGACUUUGCCCAGACUACACAACAAACAGACUCUUUUUCUGAGAAGACUUAUGAGUUACUCAGUGAUGCCAAGCAAACUAUCAGAGCAUGGAUUGGACAAACUUUCAGAGCCAAACUAUUGAAAAAAAGCUAUUUAUCAACUGUCAGCUUCACUCCAGAGAUUGAGAUGUGGAAUAAUAUUAUUACCAUAGAUUUCAUAAGUAAGGACUUCACUAAAGAAUGGAGAGAGACUUUCACACAGGACUUUGAGGGAAAAUAUCAACAGGAAGUUCAUCUGGACCAAAUUGAGGUUUAUUGCUCAAAGAUUGAGGAACUUAAUGUCUCCCAGCCUUUAUUGGUGGGUAGCGUGGAGAAGUGUGCUCUCCAGGCUGUUACCGCAAUAUGCCAGGCUAAAUCUGAAAGGCAACUUUUUGAGAGAUUGAAUAAAUUCCGCAUAAACUGGAAGAUUAAAUCUCUUGUGUCUACCAUCAUCCUAAAUUCCUGGCCAAGAGACAGCAAAGGAACAUAUCUGGAGAAUGAAGAAGUUGUUCUCAAACAUCUACUGGGCUGGACAGCAGCUAAGAAUAUCUUUGAGCUUCAUGGUGCUGAUGAAAAACUGAUCAAUCAACUUUCUGAAGAUGCUAAAAAGAAAUUUGACAUGGCAUUCUCAUUAUUCAAAAACAUUUCAAAUCAGCUUGUUACAGGGAAAAUAAAGAUAAAGCUACUCAAUCACAUCUUGCAAAAGAGUAGCGCUUUCUUUGAGCUGCUUAAUUUAGACUGUUUUUGUGAAAAUUCAAAAGACAUGGACACCAAAGCCAUGAAGAGGCUACUUGACUGUAGACAAGAGGAGGUGAAUGCUAUUUAUCAUGAGUUAUCACUGGUGGAUGCUCUCAUUACAAUGUGCCGCAAUCUACAGAAACAUGCGAGGGUUGAUUUUGAAGGGUUGGAAGACAAACGCCAUAUUGACAUUGAUGAGAUGAACCUGGACAAGUUUUUGGACGUUCAUUUAUUAAAUCAAAUUCGCUCUGCAAAAUCAAUUGUAGUCAACUACUUUGAGCUUGAAGAUGAUGUUCGAUCUAUGGCAGAGGUCCUAAACACCUUCAAAGACAGCUACAUCUUCAAAAUGUGUUGGAAGAAUGAGGCAACAAAGUUUGCUAAAGAUAAUGAAGCAAUUCCUCCAGCAGGCGAUUUGGUUAUCACACCCAAAAAGCUUCAACGUGACAUAUUUAAACCAUGCCACAAUGCCUACAAAAACAUAUACACAGGGCUUAAAGAUGGCACCAUCACUUUUGAAAAUAUUGAUGUGACAUUCAGUGCCUACAAGGGAAAAUAUGAAAAACUGGCAGAAGAAGUUGCAAUCGUAUGCAAGCUGGAUCGCUGUGAUGACCAAGGUUGGGUCCAGACAAGAAUCCAUCAGAUUGAGCAGUACCAUGAGCUUCAUCUGGCAAUAGAGUCAGCUCAGGUGGUCAAGAUGGUCAAAGAGAUGCUUUGCCCACAAGGAGACUUUCACGUCUUGGAGAAGUUACUUGUUACUACACACUUGGAUUUUAAAAAGGAGCAUCUUGACAGGAUUGACAAUGAGUUGGUGCAGGCAAAAAUUGUGCUUGUGGAUAUUACAGAACACCGUAGACUGUGCCUUCAAGAGCUCGGCCUCAGAAAGAAUUUUAUUAUGUGGAUUAAAGAGGCUCUUAGAGACAUCAAUGAGUUGACUGUCUUUGUGGAUUUGGCUUCCAUCUCUGCUGGAGAGAAUGAUUUGGAAGUGGAUCGUGUGGCCUGUUUUCAUGAUGCAGUUUUUGGCUACUCCUCAAUGCUCUAUGAUUUGAAGCCAGAUGCUGACUUCAAGCAUUUUAAAGAGAUGCUGAAGAAACUGUGGAAGGCAUUUGACAAUGACCCCAACCUCCCAAAGAAAUUGCGUGACUCUGCAAGACACUUAGAAUGGUUAAAGACAGUCAAGGACAGCCAUGGGUCAGUGGAAACCUCAUCUCUGUCUCUGGCAUCAGCUAUCAACAUGAACGGCGUCUACAUUAUUAGUGUACAAAAUCAAAAGAAGUUAUGCUUGGAAGGUAUUCUGAAGUUACAUAUUACAGAAGAGCAUGAUGAGGGCUGUGAGACACGCAUUUAUUCAUUCGAAGACCUCAGGGAACUUCAGAAUAAAUUAAUGCUAAUGUCGGGCAAAGGAGAUCAGGGUCAGCGUGAAGUCAAUCGAUUUGCAGAGGUCUUUACAAGUGUACAGAGGUUGGCCUCUGCAUAUAUGGAUUUGUUUGUUGCUGGCAAUCCAUUGUUCAGAGAAUGGGAGGCAAAGGUCACAUGUAAAAAUAAGGAAGCAUGCAUCAUUAUGGACACCCACUUAGGAAAUGAUGUUAGUGUCAUGGUGAAAGGUGAAGUCACAGAACAGUUGCCAGAAGUCUGUAAGAAAAUGGAGAGCUGUCUUAACUUCUGGAAGGCUUUUAUGGACAAGCAGAGAUCUCAGUAUUAUUACUUAAACUAUUUCACCUCUGAACAGGUGGUCUACCUGUGCAGUCAGCUCACCCAGAAAAAUGUGACUGAUAUGAAAGAUCAAGUUCUUGUGAUGCUCUCCUUUAUCAAACCUAAUUGCUCCUUUUUGGAUGUGACACAAGCUUGGCACAAAAUGAGCAAAAUUAAUUAUGAGCAAAAUGAUGACUUAGAAUUUCAAACAUUUGUUGAAAAUGAUUUGAAUACAGAGGAGCCAUGCCUAUUAUCUGAUAACUUGGCAAGUCAGUUGAAGCAUGCUAAUGGGUCAGAAAAACUAUGUAUGAUUUGGAAUGCUUACAUGCGAGACAUGAAGAAUUUCCUGCCAGACUGCCUUGAUGUCAGAGGUCUUGGAUGUCUUCUUGAAAUUUUGGCCAAAAGUGAAUAUGAGGGUGAUUCAUCACAGGAUGAGAAAACAAGUAAUAUUCAGAGAGAACUGCCAAGUGGAAUGUUUAAUGGAAGACCAAAUCUAAUCAUCUGCCCUUCUGAAGAAAUUCUAAUAACAUGUAUUUCAAUUUACAUGAGCAGCAAAAAUGAGCCUUUACCAACCUAUGAUGAAGUACUCCUCUGUAGUGCUUCCACUCCAUAUGAAGAAGUGGAGCUUUUCCUCAGGCGUUGUCUAUCUGCUGGCUACAGGGGAAAGAAGAUAUACACAAUGCUCUAUGUGGACCAGCUUUCCUAUGAAGUGAGCUGCAAAGUGGAGCAGUUUUUUCAGCACCAAAAAGCACAGAUCAGAAAUGAUUACAGACUGGUAUUGGUCUGCAGCUCAAACAGAGAACAUGCAUACCUUCCCUCAGCUUUUAGUCAAUUUAGAUUGCACUUGGUUGCCCAAGAACCAAUAGUCAGCAUUCAGCAAUACCUUGGUAGGCAUUUUACAGUCCCAGCUGAGCUAUCCAGUGCUGCUGCUGUGUUCAAACACAGACAGUUUGUGGGAGUUGUAUUCUCUGACAGGUCAGGAGUAGGAAAAUCACUUUACAUUAAACGAAUGUAUGAGAAAUUGAAAACGAUCACCAAGAAACCUUCACAGCUGAAGAGUAUCAGGUUAAUUGAGCCAAGAGUUGAUGAAAAUGUCAUCCUUCGGUCCUUGCACGACAGCUCCAAGAAAAAUGAGCUUUCAGUCUAUCAUUUUGACAUCACCACCAUGGUGAAGAGAGGACUUCAUGAAUUUCUGUUCAGGCUAUUGAUUCUUGGAUACCUCAUGGACUUACAAGGAAACAUGUGGAAAAGCAGUAAUAAGCACUUGUAUGUAAUUGAGAUUGUAAGACCAGAUGGCAGCACAUCACAAAGUGACAGAAAAGCUGGUGCAAAAGUCCUGUCGUCUUUCUUGGAUGUGUUUCCGAGUGUUUACUGCCGUCCACCUAAAGAGGUCUUUGAGUUAGAAAUGAGAAUUCAGGAAAAUCCAUCAUUUAAAGAGGGUAAGGGUGAUGAUCCCCUCAUGGAUGACCAAGAGUUCCGAAGUGAGGCCUACCAACGACCUUACCAGUACCUGCAGCGUUUCCAUAAUGGUUACAAUUUGGAUUCCUUUAAGUACAAAGGAACUGAGGGCACUCAUGUCAAAUGCCUUCAGAUGUUGUUUGUGUACUGCGGCAUAGUAGACCCCUCUUGGGCAGAGUUGCGGAAUUUUGCUUGGUUCCUGAACUUACAACUUAGGGAUUGUGAGAACUCAGUUUUCUGUGAUGUUUCUAUCAUAGGUGACAUUUUGUUCGGAUUUAAAACUUUUGUUGUUGAUUUCAUGAUUCUCAUGGCAAAAGAUUUUGCCACUCCUUCACUUAGCAUCUCUGACCAGAGUCCGGGAAGACUGCAAAGUGUCUUUUCUUCUGCCAAUGAAGAGGAUCUGGCUCCCUUUAGAAUAAGGAAACGAUGGGAGUCAGAACCGCAUCCAUACAUUUUCUUCAACGAUGACCAUGAGUCCAUGACAUUCAUUGGCUUUCAUCUUCAGCCAAAUGGACAGAAAAGGAUUGAUGCUAUUGAUCCAUCAACAAAAAGAGUGAUCAAGCAGAACAUCAUGACCAGAGAGCUCUAUGAGGGCCUGAAACUACAGGGAGUUCCUUUUAAUAUUAAUUUUGACCAGCUCCCAAGACUUGAGAAAAUUGAGAGACUUUCCAGGGUGUUGGGAAUACGGUCUCCUACUGACCCAGAUGAAACAUAUGAGCUCACCACAGACAACAUGUUGAAAAUGCUGGCAAUUCACAUACGCUUCCGCUGUGGGAUUCCUGUAAUAAUCAUGGGUGAGACAGGAUGUGGGAAGACCAGACUAAUCAAAUUCCUUUGCGAGAUGCACAGAAGUGGAGUUGCCACUGACAACAUGAAACUAGUAAAGGUUCAUGGAGGGACAAGUUCAAACAUGAUUUACACAAAAGUGAGAGAAGCAGAGGACAUGGCAUUAAAAAACAAGAAGGAUCAUGGCUUUGACUCUGUUUUGUUUUUUGAUGAAGCAAACACAACAGAGGCCAUUGGCAGCAUUAAGGAAAUCCUCUGCGACAACAAUGCUGAGGGACAGAAUUUGACAAGUGACACUGGCUUGCAAAUUAUUGCCGCCUGCAACCCAUAUAGAAAACACACAGAUGUAAUGAUCAAGAGAUUGGAGUCGGCUGGUUUGGGAUACAGAGUUCGUGCUGAGGAAACAGCCGAAAAACUUGGAUCCAUUCCACUUCGCCAACUUGUGUACAGAGUGCAUGCUUUGCCACCUAGCAUGAUUCCACUAGUGUGGGACUUUGGACAGCUAAAUAACCAUACUGAGAAAAUGUACAUCAAGCAAAUAGUUGAAAGAGUAGUUAAAACCCAUUCUAUUGAUUCAAACUACAUCACAACCAUCACAGAUGUUCUCUCAGCCUCACAGAUGUAUAUGCGAACAAGACAGGAUGAAUGUAGUUUUGUGAGUCUGAGGGAUGUAGAGCGUUGCAUGCAAGUUUUUGGCUGGUUCUACAAAAACCACCCAAUGUUACUCUUAGAGCUUGACCAGUUUGAGAGUAUUCAGAGAACACAGAGAAAUGAACAACAUCAGACGGACACUAAUAAAAGAAACCCUGUUCUAUGGUCAAUACUUAUGGCUGUUAGUGUAUGUUACCAUGCCUGCCUGGAGGACAAAGAGAAAUACAGAAAAGAAAUUUGUAGGUACCUUCCAGAAUGCAGCCCAAAGAAAGUGAUGCAGGAGAUCUCAGUUAUUCAGGAUCUUUUUCUGAGUGGAGUUCCAUUGGGUGAAACCAUUGCCCGAAACAACGCUUUAAAGGAAAAUGUCUUUAUGAUGGUGAUUUGCAUUGAACUACGUAUACCACUUUUUUUGGUUGGAAAACCUGGAAGCUCUAAGUCCUUGUCUAAAACUCUAGUUGCAGAUGGAAUGCAAGGCCAAGCAGCUCAUUCGGAUUUGUUUAAAAAGCUAAAGCAAAUUCAUCUUGUUUCUUUCCAGUGCAGUCCUCAUUCUACACCAGAUGGGAUCAUCAACACAUUCAAGCAAUGUGCCCGUUUUCAGGAAGGCAAGAAUCUAAAAGAGUAUGUCUCAGUGGUAGUGCUAGAUGAGAUAGGCUUGGCGGAAGAUUCCCAGAAAAUGCCCCUGAAAACGUUACAUCCUUUGUUGGAAGAGGGAUGCACAGAUGACCAGACAGGACCCCACAAGAAGGUGGGAUUCAUUGGCAUCUCAAACUGGGCUUUGGAUCCAGCCAAGAUGAAUAGAGGAAUAUUUGUUUCUCGUGGUGAUCCUGAUGAAAAGGAACUGAUUCAGAGUGCCGAAGGAAUUUGUUCCUCGGAUCCCAUGAUCCUUGAAAGGGUGAGAGAUUACUUUCAGCCAUUUGCCCAGGCUUACCUGAACAUCUGCAAUGAACAAGGAAAAGGUUUCUUUGGUCUGCGAGACUAUUACAGCUACAAAAUGAUGUUUGCUGUAGCCAAAGCUACUGAUCAGAAGCCUAAUGCAGAGCAGAUUGUGAAGGCUGUACUGAGGAACUUCAGUGGCAAAGAUAAUGUGGAUGCUGUCACAGUUUUCACCAGUGAACUAAAUAUCAAACCCAAACUUGAGAAUAUCAGUCCCUUUGAGCUUGUAAGAGAGAACAUCACAACCAUUGGUCAAGAUGAGGAGUGCAGAUACCUGCUGGUUCUGACCAAAAACUAUGCAGCCCUUCGAAUUCUUCAGCAAAUGUUUUUUACAGACCAGUGCCAACCAGAGAUUAUCUUUGGUUCAAGCUUUCCAAAAGACCAGGAAUAUACUCAGAUAUGCCGCAACAUUAACCGUGUCAAGGUUUGUAUGGAAACUGGUCAAACCAUUUUGCUUCUAAACUUGCAGAACUUGUACGAAAGUUUGUAUGAUGCUCUCAACCAAUAUUAUGUUUGGCUUGGAGGUCAGAAAUAUGUGGAUUUGGGGCUUGGAACUCACAGAGUCAAAUGCAGAGUGCACAGAGAUUUCAGGCUCAUUGUCAUUGAGGAGAAGGAUGUUGUGUACAAGCAGUUUCCCAUUCCAUUGAUCAACAGGUUGGAGAAACAUUAUCUUGACAUCAAUACCAUACUAAAGAGUGAGCAAAAGGACCUUGUUGAGAAGCUUGAGCAGUGGGUUGAAAGCUUCAUUGCAGCUAAAAGCAGUCACUCAGUUGCUCCCCAAGCAUGGUGCUACCGUCCUGCUGAUGCUUUCAUUGGCUACCACUCAGACACCUGUGCCUCUGUUGUCCUGCAAGUUACAGAGCAACUCAAAGGGCAAAUUUCAGAUUCUUUGAAGGGGAUUUUAGAUGAGGCUAAAUUGAUCUUUUUGAACUGUGCUACACCAGAUGCAGUGGUUAGGCUAGACUGCACUUCCUUCUCCAAAGUAGAAACUGAGCACUUGUCAAGGGUGUACUUUGAAGACCAGAAGCAUAGCUCCCUUGCUGACUUCAUCCUUUCUCAAACACAGGAAGCAGGGCAUAGCCAUGCCUUUUUCACAGAGGUAACUACAUUCUCAAGGCUUCUGACCACAGCAGAAACUGAACAGCUACAGAACAUAGUUCAAAACACUGAGCUCCUCUCACUACAGCAGUUUGACAUGGAAAACUCAUUCCUCAAGACAAUCAGGAAUUAUUUGGAAAACACCAUUGGAGACAAGAUACUUAUCAUCCAAACCAAUUUUGAUGAAAGCACCCAAAGUUUAAAUUUCAUUGCAUCUGCAAAGUAUGCUUCUCUCAAUGAAAUCAACAAAUUCAGGAAAGAGUCCAAUGGAAAGGUUUUUGUGUAUUUCAUCACUAAGCUACCCAGAAUGGAUGGAGGAACUUCCUAUGUUGGAUUUCAUGGUGGCCCUUGGAAGUCAGUCCACAUUGAUGACCUGAGAACAUUGAAAGACAUCAUCUCUGAUAUAAAAGUCUUGCAGUGUCUGACCAUCAGCCAGUUGUUUGAAGAGAAAGCUGAGAAAGCAGAUGAGCCUGAAGCUAUGAAGGAUGAAGACAUGCAUACAGAAGAAGAGAAGAUGGAACUAGAAGAUAAUACUGGCUUGGAGAAUGUUUUAGACACCAAUGUGCUGGUUCGUAGCUGUGUUCAGAGUGCAGUUGGCAUGCUAAGAGAUCAGACAGAGGGAGGCACCCGCAGCACAAAGAGAGUAGAGAUUCUUCUAUUGCUCUUGGCUGACAAUGACACUCUACAAGCUGAAUUUAUCAAAGCUUUAAAGAAACGACUUCAUUCUCUAUUGAUGGCUCAUGAUGAAAACACAAUCUCUGCCAAGAGCUGGGUCUUCAAGGAAGCACUAAAUAUUGAUGCAUUGCAAGAGGGUGGAACUUUUAGACAUGCCCUUUGGAGACGACUUCAAGCAGUAGUAACUCCUUUUUUGGCACAACUUGUUUCAAUUAUUGACCGUGACUGCAAUCUAGACCUCUUGCUGGAUAGAAACGCUGAUGAAUCCUUGAGGAAAUUGUGGCUGGACAUUUUUGUAGAUGUCACAUUACUGAAUGUUCCUUACACAAGACUGGACAACAACUCAGAGAAGACAAUCUUGGUUCAGAACUACAUUGCAGUUGACAGCAAUGUAGGUUGCACCAUGCCUUUCAGCUGGAGAAUUAAAGACUAUCUAGAAGAACUCUUGGUACAUACCUUGAAGCAAGAAGGACACUCUCUAGAGCAAUUUGAAGAGAUUUUUUGGAAGAUCCCCUUGGGCAGGUACAUCUCUGAAGCAACCCAAAAGAUGCAGAUGGAGUUUUUCCACAGGUAUCUCCAGGAUUUCAUUUCCAUGACCACGAAGGUAACAUCAGUGGUGAAUAUUGAGCUCUUAUGUGGAGCCCUUAUUUGUGGUGUAAAUGAGCUUAGAGGUAGUCAGGAUGUUCAUGAGAAUGAAGUCAUUUCUCUGCCAUGGGUUCAUGCUGCCUACCAUCACUUCAAGAACCGAAUACAGAACCUCUACAGGAUGAUCAGUAUAGAGCCUCAGAUUGCUCAGAUGCUACUAGAUAACAGAUGUGCCAGAGAGGGAACAGAACUGGUGUUAGAUGUGUAUGCUGCAGUGGCCUGUAUUGAAUCCCUGGAGCCCCAGUCUCUAGAUGAAGAUGUUCAGAGUCUGGCCUGGCUUAGACGUGUUAAAAAGCUACAGGUGCCAGUUGAGCUGGUCUGCUGUAAGGAGAGCCUACGCCACUAUGGAGAGAAAGGCAAACAGAUUGUCACCAACAUCCAACAUGGUUGGCGUCGCAUUUACUCUCUGGCCUUGUUUGUGGAGCACAUGCUGCUGGGUGUCGAGGAUGUGCAUUUAAACCUCAGGCCACUGGUUCUUGACCACACUCGACGCCUAGCACAAGUCCUAGAGAAGGACUCAGACCUCAAAAAGAAGCAGCCGUUUGAGGCAGCGAUUACCGUACUCAAAGCUUGCAAAGAUGAAGCAUCUAAGAGCAUUUUAAGGUUUGUCAAUCAGCUUUGUCCAGUGUACGGAGAUCCGCAGGAGCCUUUGAGUCUGCCCUGUGAGCACGUCUACUGCCUGACCUGUAUCAAACAGUGGCUGGUGCCCGGUCAGAUGCUCUGUUAUUUGUGUCACCAUGAAGUGCCUGAUGACUUCGAGCUCAAGGCCUCUGAGACAAUACGGGGUCUCUUCAGUCAAAAUGCAUUGUUCAGAAAACGAUGCAAUGCUUUCUUCAUUGAUUUGGUGUCCACCAUGUGCUUCAAGGGCAGCACUCCUCCCAGUGAGGACAUCAUCCACCAUCUGUUGUCCUUCCUGAUGGUAGAGUCAUGCUCGCUCCCUCAGAUUGAAGGGCAAGACCGCAGGUUCUUGACUAAGGCUCUUUCUCCCUUCGAUGACUCUGUGGAUAAAACUCCAGUGGUGCGUUCAGUGGUGCUGAAACUCCUGCUGAAGUACAGCUUUGAUGAUGUGAAGCACUAUCUUCAGCGGCAUCUGACAGAAGUUGAGCAAAGCAACAUCACUGAGGAGACUGAUAAAACCGAGCUUUAUUCCUUGUACAUAAAUUGUUUGGAGGACUCAAUGCAUGAUCGGACACAAUGGCACUCUGUGGCGGAGCAGCAAACCUGUUUGCAGGAGGAAACACACUUUCUGCUGGAGUUCCUUCACUCUGAUUCUGUGUCUGUGCACACUGCAUCUAUAGAGCUUCUGCAGCAGGUGGCCAGAGUUCGACUGUGCCUGGAUAUGGCUGCUGUCCUGCUUGUUAACAGAGUGACUAGUGCUGGUGCACAGGGCGAUCCUUCGUCUGUUAUCCCAAAGUUUUUGAACAGUGUGGCUGAUCUAUGCUGCCAGAGCAGCAAUGACUGGUACAGGGUUUACCUAAUCAGAAAGAUCUGCUCUCUUAAUGGGAUUGAAUAUGUCCAGAAACUUCUGCCACAGGAAGAGUUCAGGUGGCUGUUUCCUCAGAAGAUUCGUGAGUUGAAUCAUGAUGACAGCCAGAUUGACCACUAUCUAGCAUGUGGACUGGACUACAAAACUAUUAGAGAUGCAGUAGCCAAAGCCAUGAUAGAUUGCAACAUAAAUGGAAUGCAGAAAGCCAUCGAGGACUGCGACUGCACACCCAUGAAGAAAGCUGUUUAUCUGCUAAUGGCUUUGUUCAGAGAAGUCACCUCACUGUACAGAAAUGGAAACCCCGACUUGCACCCUAAACCUGAGCAACGUGCUGUCCUUGAAGAUUGUAUCAGAACCACAGACGUCUUUGUUAAUGAUGAAACGAAAGCAUUUGCUGAAGCACUGGUGAAUGAUCAUCUGCAUGCUCUGCGUGUGCAACCUCAAACAACCGACGACAGUGAGCUUCUCCUGGUGGACGUUACAGUUCACAUGGCUGCAGUCCUGUUGUGUGGAAAUCAGCUUUUACUGCAGCCUCUGCAGCAGCUGGCACUGUCCCCAAACAAUAUGACGGCUUCAUUUAUCCCAACAAUGCCAGAUGACAUGUUGGCUGCUGCCCAGCAGGUCAUGAAAGACGUCCAGUGGUAUUCCUGUCCUAAUGGUCAUCCAUGCAUUGUUGGUGAGUGUGGUCAACCCACACAGACCGGCCGCUGUCCAGAGUGUAAUGCAGAAAUAGGUGGCAUAGAUCACAAACCUGUUCACGGCUUCAAAGUCAUGCAGAUACAAGGGGACCGUACUCAGUCGGGACACAUUCUGGGUGACGCACAGCGUCGUGACCAGCCUGACAUGCAGGACACUAAGAAUAUGUCACCUGCCCCCUUCGCUCUUCUCAGACUGAUCACACACAUGUCCAUGCUGCUGGGAGCUCGAAACAACCCACAGAGUGUCAUACAGAUCAUCAAGCCUGCUGUGCCGGAUCCCGGGCUGUUCCUGAUGACCCAUCUGUUGAAGGACAUGGAGCAGCUGAGCAGAGCUCUGGGUAAAGGAGUGGAUGACACGGUUAGUACCAUCCAUUUGACCAUCCACAGUCUACUGGAACCCCGUCAGACCAGCCAGUGGCCUGUUCCUUAUGAUAAAAACCUUUCCUAUAAAGAUGCAAGAAAUGGAUGGGAAAUUGCCAUGAAUACUGAUGUCAUUACACAUCAGCUGAAGGUUCUGGAGCAACAGCUAAACAAAGUGAAUGAAUUAAUCAGGGAAGAUGAGCGAGUGUCUUCUAAUCCAGUGAUGAAGUUGAUGUUUGGGAAACCAGAGCUUUUCCUGAGCUCUUUGCCCCAGAACUCCCUUAUCCAUAAUUCAUCCAUCUGGAGCUGCAGGAGGAAGGUCUCAUUGUUGAGUCUGGCCCACAUUGUGGAGCAGAACAGUGGCCGGGACACUUUACCAAUACUCUGGAGAUUCCUUCAGAGGGAAGCAGAGUUACGCCUAGUGAGGUUCCUUCCUGACAUCUUGGUUCUCCAGAAGGAUUUGGUAAAGAAGUUCCAGAACAUGACAGACCUAUCCUUCAAAACCAUAGGAGAGUUUCUGGAUAGCCAUAAAGAAGCUUCACUAGCUUGGUAUAAAAAGUGCAUAAACAUCUUCUUAUCAACAUGGAACCAACUCAGGGUAUCUCUGGCCACCACAGGAGAGAUAAAGCUGCCGGCUGAAUACACUCAGGAGGAUCUGGGUCUGGACGCUGACCUGCAGGUGCUGCUGCCACAGAGACGUGGUCUGGGCCUGUGCUCCACUGCCCUCGUCAGCUACCUCAUCGCCCUUCACAAUGACCUUGUGUACACUGUGGAAAAAUACACUGGCGAGGAGUCUGGUUACACGGUAAGCCCAGCUGACCUGACGGAGCUGCAUGUGAUCCGUUAUGAGUAUGAGCGGGACCUGCUGCCGCUGAUACUGUCCAACUGCCAGUACAGCAUGGAGUGCGGACAGGAAACACUGAUGGAGUACGACCUGCCCAACAUUCAGCAGCUGAUCUUCACCCGCUUUCUACAGGGCAAACCUCUCAUAACCCUUAAUGGUAUUCCGACGGUGGUGAACAGACAGGACAUAAAUUAUGAGAUCAUAUUUAUGGCUGUGAAGGGCAAAGUUCCACAAGCGCCGUUGCAGGCUCUUACUCAGGACAACCUCGUGAAGGAGCUGCAGUCCUACAGUGACGUGUGUGAGGCACUGUCUACAGUCGAGCUGGCCCUGGGUUUCCUCGCCAUGACGGGGGGUGAGCCACACAUGCAGCUGGGUGCUUAUUUGAAGGAAGUGCUACAGAUGACUGACAACAUGGCCCCACACAUCUUCAAGGCAUUAAGCAGGUGCAGCCUGAAACACUGUGUGGCGCUGUGGCAGCUGCUCAGCUCUCUGAAAUCAGAGACCCUGCUACGUCUGAAGGGGGACCCAUUUAAGGACAUCUGUGAAGAGUAUAAACAUCCUCUGCAGGAGGAACACAAGAGAAGGCUCACUAGUUUUUUCGCCAAGUCCAGCGCUGGUGCCUUCCUGCUGGAGAUUCAUGAAUUUCUGCUUUUAGUUCUGAAGAACCCAAAAGCCACGGACACUUUCAGGCCUGACUGGGGUCUGAAAGACACUGUUGUGUCCUACAUGGAACGCAAAGAUCUGGACGUUCCUCCUGAGGUGGACGAGUUCUUCCCUGAAGAGAUUCUGCUCUCGCAGUGCAUCGACACAUGGAAGAUCUCUGCUCUUCUCAGACAAGAAAGAAAUCAAAGUUAGAUCCGUGAUAAAGUACUUCCGUUCUCUUACCCAAACACUCAUAUUAGACAAAGCUUAGUUUUGAUUUACAAAUUAUGUUUACAUCAGUUGCUCAGUACAGACUUUUUAGAACCUUGUCUUUUUUGAAUGUUGAAGAAUUCCCUUCACUUAUAUACAGCACUGUAUACUGUAAUAUUAUAGUCAUGAUCUGUCAGUAUCUCUCUAGAAUAGUUAGCAAGCAUAGUACAACUUAUUACAAAGUAAAAAAAAAAUAGCUAACAAUUGUUUCACCAUUCUUUUUUUUUAAUGUGUUUACUUGAUACUCUAGGUCCAUAUAAACUCAUUUAAGUCCUGACUCGAGGACCUUUACCAAUCACAUUCCUCUCUCUCCACAACUUCACUUUCUUGCUGUUUAUUCCUGUCUGUCUGUCCUACUAGAUUAAAAACAAAUCCUAAAUAAAGAAAGAGAUUAAAAAGAUUGUCAAAUAUAUACCAUAUAUCAUGAUCCCAGACCUGAACACACUUAUGUUCAUCUUAAAAUAAUGUUUUUGAUUAGUAAAAAUGUCAUUGCGUUGCUUAGUGUAGAUUAAAGGGUGUUCCAUACAAAACAUUUUCAGGGUUUUUUUUCUUUCAUUUUACAAGUUCAAGAUAGGAUUUUCUAGAAGCAAUGUUACAUGUAUGCUGGAACAGUGCUGCAUGCAAAAUGUUUUUUUCCUCUGACUAAAAUUGAAUUGAAUAAAAAUGAUAAAUGAUUACU